CAGGACACACAUCCAUGUUGUCUUCACUUACCACAAUAAUCCUCUUCUGCACAUCACUUCAAUUUCCAUUUCCAUUUGUUGUUAUGAGUUCAGACACUAAUCAACAACAGCUCGAAGCAGCUGCACUUUUGAGAUGGAAAACCAGUCUUGACAAUGAAAGCCAACCAAUUCUCAACUCCUGGAAUGCUUCUGCAGAAACCCCUUGUCAAUGGCUAGGCAUCGAUUGCCAGAAUGGAAGAAUCUCCCAACUGAAUCUCUCCCACAAAGGGAUCGUGGGUACUCUUCAUCAUCUCGAUUUCUCGUCCUUACCACAUCUGAUUACGUUCGAUCUGUACAAUAAUUCAUUCUACGACACUCUCCCACCUGCCCUCGGAAACCUUACAAAGCUCCACCACUUCGAUGUCUCAAGAAACUCUUUUUCAGGGAACAUUCCAUUUGAGAUAAGUUUCCUGUCAAAUUUGAGAGUUCUUUGGUUCGAUCACAACUUUUUCACCGAAAAAGUUCCUGAGCUAUUCACCAAUAUGAAGUUCCUAAUCGACGUGAACUUCCACCAGAAUAUGCUGACAGGGCAAAUCCCAUCUUCCAUUACCAAUCUGACAGAGCUUAGAAGCUUCUCCUUCUGUAAUAACCAGUUAUCUGGUCGGAUCCCUAAUGAAAUUGGGGAUAAUAUGAGGCUUCUUGAAUCCAUGGCACUCUGUGAUAACAGUUUCACAGGUCCUAUUCCUGCUUCCAUAGGUAACUUGACAAAUCUUAAACUUUUGGGUCUGCAGAUUAAUAUGUUGUCUAGAAUACCUCCAGAGUUUGGGAACUUGCAGGCCCUUAGGGACUUGAGAUUGUUCAUGAACAAUUUGAGUGGUGAAGUACCUGUAGAAUUCGAUAACUUGACACAUCUGCAAGUUAUGACACUGAGUGUCAACAAUCUCACCGGCCGAAUGCCGCAGAAUGUUUGUCUUGGUGGAUUGCUUAGGAACCUGUCUCUUCAUACCAAUAAAUUCGAAGGGAAUAUCCCUAAGACUUUGAGAAACUGUUCUAGCUUGUACACUCUUCUUCUCUAUGGUAACAACCUUACAGGAAAUGUGUCUGAUCAUUUCGGGGCCUAUCCGAAUUUGUUCUACAUAGAUAUAAGCCAUAACAACCUCACUGGUGAAGUGUCUCCGCUAUGGGGAGCUUCGAGUAUUCUAAACGGCCUGUUAAUGUCGAACAAUAUGAUUUCGGGAACCAUUCCUUAUCAACUUGGGUAUCUGUCUGAGUUGAAGGUUUUGGACCUGAGUUCAAAUCGAAUAGUUGGAACUCUUCCCACAAGCCUUAUAAGCUUGCCCCUGUUGUAUAGGCUUAAGGUGAAUGAUAACAAACUCCAUGGCAGGAUUCCUGUGGAAAUUAGAAACCUUCAUGAUAUCAGAGAGCUUAGCUUAGCUGGAAAUGAUUUUGAUGGAGCAAUUCCAAUUGAGGUUGCAGAGUGCAUUAAUCUUCAAGUUUUGAACUUGAGCAUUAACAGGUUUGAUGGAGCUAUUCCAACAGGGAUGGGGGAGUUGAGCUUCUUACAAGUUCUUGAUCUGAGCCAGAACGCGCUUUUUGGUGAGAUACCGCUAAGUUUGGGAGAGUUGCGAAGCAUCGAGACACUAAAUCUCUCCCACAAUUUCUUGUCUGGUUCCAUCCCUUGGAGCUUUCGAGAAACUUCAAGUUUAGUUUCUAUUAAUGUUUCUUACAAUGAAUUGGAGGGCCCUCUUCCCCAAUCGAAAGCCUUUCGUGACGCUGAGUUUGAUGAUGUGAAGAAUAAUAAAGGUUUGUGUGGUAAUAUUACAGGCUUGCAACGAUGCCAUUCAUCGAGAAAGCACGAAAGAGACUUGGUUGCAAUAAUAGUGCCUGUAGUCGGAGCUUGUCUUAUCGCCACGGUUGCUGCUAUCGCCAUUUUCUUACAUUCGAGAUCAAAGAAGAAAGAUGUCGAAGCUAAUGUAAAUGAUCCGAGUAAAAACUUGUUUGCAAUUUGGAGCUACGAUGGAAAAAUGGUGUACGAAAACAUCAUUGAAGCUACCGAAGAUUUUGAUUCUAAGCAUUGCAUUGGGACGGGAGGAUUUGGAAGCGUAUACAAAGCCGAGUUAGACGAUGGAAAAGUUGUUGCAGUAAAAAAACUACACGAAGGACUCGAGAAUUCCAAAAGUUUUACAAGUGAAAUUCAAGCUCUAACACAGAUAAAGCAUCGAAAUAUUGUCAAACUACUUGGCUUCUGUUCGCAUUCGCGGCAUUCCUUUUUAGUGUACGAGCUUCUGGAAGGUGGAAGCCUUAUGACCGCGCUGUCUGAUGAUGACAAAGCUUCGGAGCUCGGCUGGAUCGAGAGGGUGAACAUCGUGUCUGGAGUUGCCAGGGCCUUACAUUACAUGCACCACGAUGUUUCGCCUCCUAUGGUUCAUCGCGACAUAUCGAGCAAGAACAUACUUUUGGAUUGGGAUCAAGAGGCUCAUGUUUCCGAUUUCGGCACUGCCAAGUGGCUGAAACCGGAAUCUUCUAACUGGACUUCGUUUGCCGGCACCUUCGGCUAUGCUGCGCCGGAGCUCGCUUUCACAAUGCAAGUGAACGAGAAGUGCGAUGUCUAUAGCUUUGGAGUUUUGGCCUUAGAAGUGAUCAUGGGGCGACAUCCCGGAAACUUCAUGCCAUUCUUGUCCGGUGCCAGCGACACAUUGUUGAGAGAUGUACUCGACCCUCGGCUUCCAUUGCCGGAAAGCGACAUGGUGGGAGAGGUCGCGGCUGUCGUGGCGUUCGCCCUACGGUGUCUUUAUCGAACUCCGCAAUCUCGGCCAUCGAUUCAACAACUUUCUGCAUAUCUUGCUACAGAGAAGUCACGGUUAAGUGAGUCACUCACUUUCAUUAGAAUAGCUGACCUUUGUAACCUUCACGAGUUGUAGAUAAAAUGAGGUUCUUGAAUUAUUACAUUGUUGAAAUGUAAUGUAAGCAGCAUUGAUGGAGAAAUAAUUCUCUGAG